AUGAGCUUACCCAUCCUUGCACCUGCAGGCUUUGCAAGGAGAACAGGCCUCGGGUCCUUCAAGUGCAACUGGGGGCUCUUAGCUCUCAGCUGCAAGUCUACGCCUGGCACCAAUGAUAUCUUAUUGAGCUCGCAAAGAAGAGGGCAGGGAGGAGGGCAGGCGAGAAGCGGGCCUUUCGUCAACCAUCAGGUUCUCCCAGCGCACGCCCAGUUGCUGGUCGUUCUCGAGUCUGCGAUGGGAGAAGAAAAGGAAGUUCCACCUCCGGGGUGUCGGCCGAUAUGGAUCCAGAUGAAGAACUACGACCUGUACCAGCUACGGGAGGAGGGGGCUGAGGCGGGCAACAUGACCGCCCUAAAGCAGUACACGCUUCUGGAUCGGGCACGGCUGCUUGAAGAGGUCGGAAAGUUUGGCUUCAUGUGUGACUGGAACGACUUCAAGGCCGACCUCGAGGCUUGUCCGACUGAAGAAAUUUUGCUGGUGGCAGACCCAAACAAAGUGUACGGGGAGCAGUGGUACUUUACGUUCACGGCAGAAGCAUUCGAGACCCAGCUCAAGCUACAAACGGCGGAGGCGGAAGCGGAGAAAGCGCGGUUAGAAGCGGAGGCAGAGGCGGCGAGGCUGGCCGAGGAAGAAGCGAAUCGCACACCGGUGUACGAAGACAAGCCGAUCAUCGCCAGAGGUUGGAAAUCGGAAACUGCAGCAGAUACAGCUCGGGAGGUGGAGAGUUUGACGAUAAGGCCGGAGCGACCACUUGUGGUCAUGUCCAUGACCCGUCCCAGACGGAGCUUUGGCCUGCCUUGCAAGCUCGUGGACAGGGAUGCAUACGACUGGCUUACGGACGACUACAUGGCCAAAAUGGGUAUUCGCAAGUACCUGGCGACCGGCUUCACCGCCUUCGACCCCUCCAACCCCGACCGGAAGCUGAUGGAUUCACCCUGUCAAGCCGCGGCCGAGAGCGUCCCGGCCUCGUCGCAGACCACCUGGUUCCGCAGCGUGAACGCCUCGGUGCAAUACUCCACCAUGCACCUUGAGCAACAAGAGGCGGCUAGCAUGAUGUCAAGCGAGGCCAUGGUGUCGUUCCUCCGCAAGGUGGCACCGGGAGUCGAGCAGUCUCUACAACAGAACGAGACUGUCGAUAUCUUCCAGGAUGCCUUCAACGGCAUCGGUGAAGACGACGCUCCCCUGACCAAGACCAAUGAAAACGAGGACGAACUGAAAGAGCUACGCACCUUCACAGACCUUGUACACUCAAAGAACAAGGUAAUGUCGGCGAUCGACUGGCUUCCCAAGCGGAACGGUUGCGUGGCGGUCUCAGCGGUGAAAAACGUCAACUUCGAGGAGAGGGUCCAGCUCUCCGGCCAGGUGGACAACGCGUACGUGCUGCUUUGGGACUUCGCGGAUUUGAUCCAUCCCAUGCUCAAGCUGGAGUCACCUCACGAGAUUUUCUGCUUCAGGUUCAACCCGUCGAUCCCUGGAACUGUUGUGGGGGGCGCCAUCAACGGCCAGGUAGUAAUGUGGGACAUCGCCAAAGCCCUGACGUCGAUAGACCAGAAGAAGCGCAAGCAAAGCGUGCGGCACAUCGGGAAGCCUGGUCUGGGUGUCGGGGACGAAGACGAAGUCGUAGCGGCGCUACCCCCUAUCACGCCACACGCCGUUAGCCACAUCGACAUGAGCCACCGCAGGCUCGUGGCGGACCUGGCGUGGCUGCCGACAACCACUCAAGUCAACUCGAAGGGCCAGCUCCUGGGAAGCGAAUACAUCACGGAACACACGCACCAAUUCAUCACUGUCGCCAGCGAUGGGCAGUGCCUUAUCUGGGACACAAGAUAUCAGGAAAUAAGCGAAGGCUUGUUCCCACACAUCGCGAAACCUCGGCAAACGUAUGACAAGAAGAGAGAGGAACACGGUCGUCCGCCGCCGGCACCCUGGACGCCGCUCUUUCGUCUGCAGCUUAACCGAUUAGAGGACGUGGGAGAGUUGGGUCUCUGUCGGAUUGUGCUAGACUUGGGCGUCGCCGGGGACGGCGUCACCAGCGACAGCAAGGCCGAAGAUGGGGCGGAGGAAGUGGACAUGCGUUCGCAGCUCAUCUGCACGACUGAAGAGGGGGAAAUCCUCCUGGCGGAUUGGCGGGCAAGAGUGGGGGCCAAUAGUGGGCGAGGAGGGGGAGACGAGGAAGCCGGGGGAGGCGGAAACGAGGGGGGGGAUGGUGGGGACGUAGCCCCGGAGUUCGUAAAGUGGGUUUCGAGCGACCACACCCGGCCGUGCGUGGCGCUGGACAAGUCACCCUUUUUCCCGGGUGUACUGCUCAGCGUGGGCGAUUGGAGCUUUCAGAUUUGGAAGGUGGGGCUUCGAAAACCCGUCUUCUCUUCGCCGAUGGCGGCCAACUACCUUACGACCGGGCGAUGGUCUCCGACACGGCCGGGAAUGUUGUUCCUCGGCAAGGUGGACGGCUCGAUGGACGUGUGGGACUUCACCGAUAGCAGCUUCACUCCUUCGGUGACCCUGAUGAGCAGCCCCUCGAGAAUUACCAGUAUGGAGUUCUUGAAGCCCAAGGGGGUUGGAGGAGCGGCAAAGCUCAAGCAGCAGCUGCUUACCGUGGGGGAUGCGGCAGGGAACCUCCACGUUUAUGACGUGCCUCAGAACCUUUGGCGUCCCCUGGCCAACGAGAGAGCCAUCAUGUCGUACUUCCUCGAGAGAGAGAUAAAGGUAUUCACGGCAAACCUCAGCAUCGAGGCAUCGGAGAAUGACCUGUUCAACGAAAAACAACCUCUAUGGAGAUGUGAUAUCCUGUUUUGGUUGUUUCUACUCGGUGUGGCUGGCUGGCACCACUUCAGAGACAGUUGUUUCCUGUCGCCCACCAAUCGCGCGCUGAAGCACAUGUACAUAAACCCCAUCGGCACCCUCGUAUUCUACUUGUCGAACCAUUUAUCGCCCUGCCCCACACGGUACAUCCAGCCUGCGAUGAAGCCGCUUGGGGAGGCCAGGCUGUCACAAUACUGGCGACCCACACAACCCACCUCAAUCAACCCUACCUCAAUCACACUGAAACCCAACGCGACCCUCAGAUUUUUCUCGUGUUCUGUUUCCCUACACACCAUGACGAAGCGUGUGGAGCACGUCUCCGAGCGACUCGAGAUUCGAACAGCCGAAGCCGAGGCGAUGGAAGCAGAGGAAAUGCAGAACGCGUUGAAUCAGCCGCCAGAUGGGGCUGCAGGUGCUGCUGCUGCCGAGGAAGGUGGAGCCGGGGAACCGGCGGCUGGAGGGGACGAAGGUGGUGCUGUUGGUACCGCCACAACAAAAGGAGACAAAAACCGAGCAGCUGCGGAUCCGGCACUGGAAGAGCUCACAGAGGCCGAAAAGGCGCAUCUCGCGGAAUUGGAAGAAAAAUUCAUCGAGGACCUUGGUUUGACCGAUGCCGACCUUCCCGAGCGCUACUUAGCCACCAAGAGGUUGGCUGAGGCGGAUGAACCCGCCCUCAUGACUUAA